GGUUACUCUAUCAUCCUGCCACUACAAAUUCCUCGUGAAUUUCACGUGACCAUGACCCAUCUUCGUGAAUCUCGGCAUGUCUGACUCACCCGAUGAGGCUUUCCAAUCCUCAUUUUCAAAUGAAGUAAACUUUUUCAACUCGAAUAAGAGUAGAAUCUACACAUCAGCAAAAAGAAAACAUGGUCUUCACGCCCACAAAACCGCCUCUUCUCCUGGUCAUCGACCUCCAUCAAAUUGAGGUCGAUCCGCCAUCUUCUUGGGGCCCACGCUCUACUCCCAAUCUCACUUCAAAUGUGUCCACGAUUAUCAAUGCCUUCCGCAAGCAAUCUUUUCCAGUUCUUCAUGUUCAUCACCACUCGCUCGACCCCAGCGAUGAAUUCUACCCAAUUGAGGCCAACGCUAGCUUCAUCGCACCACAUGCUUGCGCUGUUCCAUUACCGGAUGAGCUGAUUUUUAUCAAGAACACUGGAAGUGCAUUUGCAUCUAGUAAACUGAAGGAAACUCUACCGGAAUUACACUGUGGGGAUAGAGAGAUUGUGGUAAUUGGCAUGGAAGGUGCAAAAUGCGUCAACAGCACCGUGAGAGGUGCGAAGGAUCUAGGAUUAAACAUGGUGGUUGUCGUAGAUGCUUGUGCGUCUUUUGGGGUCGAUUACUUCAAGAGAGAGAAGGUAGGAGCAGAGGAAGUGCAUAAAGUAGCGAUGAGUAUCUUGGCUAGUUCCUAUGCUAGACUGGUUGAGACGGACGAUUUGGUUAGGGAAUUGGGAAAAUGGGACGGCACAGGCAGAAUUGACUCUUGAAUCAUGUCUAGGUCGGUGCUGGAGGAAGGCAUGAUAUUUGAUCUAUGACCUUUGAUUUAUAGCCACACACCUCUAGUUCGUCUUACCGUAUAACCAAACAUCUAUUAUCCCAGUAUCAGUAAAUGAUAAUAAGAAUGUGUAUCACAGAGUUCUGUAUAUAUAUAGUACUGCGAAUAUUGUAAUCGUUGAUCCA